GACUCAUAUCCUGCUCCGCUGACUGCUACUCAUUUGUCUGUGUCGCCGCCAUUAAACAACACCAGAGCAAUGUAAACCACCGAGUGUCGCGGAUUUACGCCACGAUUCGAGGCGUGUAAAGGCAUCGCCCUGGUUGUUUUUAUUCCUACGAGGCUUUCUUGUGUGAAUGAAGGUGAAAAUGUGAGGGACAAAGGGGGACAAAGCAACUCCGCUCGGGAAAGACUAGUCGGAGCAGCAGGAGACUGGUUUGUUGUGGUUUUCACCUGCAGUUCAGACGAGAAUCGCGACGUUGGACCCGUCAAAGUGAUCCACCAUGACAGAAGUGAGGGAAAAGUGGGCCUGUGACUACUGCACCUAUGAAAACUGGCCGUCUGCACUCAAGUGCACCAUGUGUAGGGCUCAACGGUCCAUGGGUCCCAUCAUCACAGAGGACUCCUACAAAAGUAGCGCUGAUCCUGACCCCACUGGAACUGACUGUAGCAGCAACCUCCUCAUCUGCCCGGACUCCAGUGCAAGACCAAGGGUCAGACCAUCCUCGGUGGCAGAGAUGACAAACAAAUGGUCCUGCCAAAUGUGCACAUACCUGAACUGGCCCCGAGCUGUCCGCUGCACACAGUGUCUCUGCCAGCGCCCCAGAACCAACAGCCCAACUGAGUACCCCCAGACGUCAACUUCCAACGCGGGCUGCCGUGCAACUCUUCACUCACCGGUGGAUCCCUGUGAGGAGUACAACGAUAGAAACAGACUAAAUACCCACCAAAAGCAUUGGACUUGCACAUCUUGCACUUACCAGAACUGGCCUAAAACGGAGAGGUGUGUCGUGUGUGACCACCCCAAACCUAACAACCAGGAAGCCAUAGAGCGGCCUGAGUCUGCAGAGACUUCACUCAUGAUAAAUGAACAGGACAGAGCCAGGUGGAGGGGUGGAUGCAGUGGGGGUCAGGUCCCGAGGAGGUCGCCUCCUCUCCCAAACAGGGAAGAUAGUAUAAAAAUGGACUUCCAGAGGAUCGAGCUAGCUGCAGGAGCCAUGAGCAUUAAGGACGACCAAGAGAUUGACUUCAAGAAGCUAAAACAGAUUAGAAACCGAAUGAGGAAAACGGACUGGCUCUUUCUGAGUGCAUGUGCAGGUGUUGUGGAAGGGGAUCUGGCAGCAAUAGAAGCCUACAAAUCAUCUGGGGGCGACAUAGCUCGGCAGCUCACUGCUGAUGAGGUGCAGCUUCUUAACCGCUCGUCUGCCUUCGACAUCGGCUUCACUCUGGUGCACCUGGCCAUUCGCUUUCGUAGGCAGGACAUGCUCGCCAUCUUACUCACCGAGGUGAACCAGCAGGCAGCCAAGUGCAUCCCCUCCAUGGUGUGUCACGAACUGACGGAACAGAUCCGCAGGGAGAUCGCAGCGUCACUACAUCAGCGCAAAGGAGACUUUGCCUGUUACUUCCUCACCGAUCUGGUCACCUUCACUCUCCCAGCAGACAUCGAAGACCUGCCCCCUGCUGUCCAGGAGAAGCUGUUUGAUGAGGUGUUGGACAGAGAUGUCCAGAAAGAGCUGGAGGAAGAGUCGCCGGUCAUCAACUGGUCCCUGGAGGUGGGGACGCGCCUGGACAGUCGCCUGUACGCUCUGUGGAACCGCACGGCUGGAGACUGUCUCCUGGACUCUGUCCUGCAGGCCACGUGGGGAAUCUAUGACAAGGACUCAGUGCUGCGCAAGACGCUGCAUGACAGCUUGCAUGACUGCUCCCACUGGUUUUACACUCGCUGGAAGGAAUGGGAGUCGUGGUACUCGCAGAGUUUCGGUUUGCAUUUCUCUCUGAGAGAGGAGCAGUGGCAGGAGGACUGGGCCUUCAUCCUGUCUCUGGCUAGCCAGCCCGGUGCCAGCCUGGAGCAGACCCACAUUUUUGUUCUGGCACACAUUCUUCGCAGACCCAUCAUCGUCUACGGAGUGAAAUACUACAAGAGUUUCCGUGGAGAAACGUUAGGCUACACUCGCUUUCAAGGCGUCUACCUUCCUCUCCUAUGGGAGCAGAGUUUCUGCUGGAAAAGUCCCAUCGCCCUCGGCUACACUCGCGGCCACUUCUCCGCCCUGGUUGCCAUGGAGAACGAUGGAUACGACAAUCGCGGCGCCGGAGCCAACCUCAACACAGACGACGACGUCACCGUCACGUUCCUGCCUCUGGUGGACAGCGAGAGGAAGCUGCUGCACAUUCACUUCCUGUCUGCGCAAGAGAUGGGGAACGAGGAGCAGCAGGAGAAGCUGCUGCGCGAGUGGCUGGACUGCUGUGUCACAGAGGGCGGGAUGUUGGCCGCGUUGCAGAAAAGCUCUCGGCGCCGAAACCACCCGCUGGUCACUCAGAUGGUGGAGAAGUGGCUGGAGAGGUACCGCCAGCUGCGGCCGUGCCCCUCCUUGUCUGACGGAGAAGAAGAGGAAGAAGAGGACGAGUGAACGGCAAUGAGACUCUGGACGCGUGUACAUUUCUGUGGGUGGAACUGCAUGUGAUGGAUGGGAUAGAAGAACCAGCACCAAAAUCCAGAACCCUGCUCUGCUGAAAGCACAUGGAGUCGCCCUGUGUCCUGAGAGAAGUUUACAAAUAACACACAGUCCGCAUAAAAGGAACAAUCCUAUCUUGCACUAUUUGUUUUUCGGUUGCCUGAUGGAUUUUUUUUUGCUCAAAAAAAAAAGAAAAAAAAAAAAAAAGUUAAAAUAUCUGACUCCCUUGCAACUUCCUCCUGGUUCUAUUUAUUUGUGUUUUGUGCUGCAGCGGAAUCUUGAGUUUUGUUUGAUUCCUUGAGUCUUGAAGUAUUUAUUUUGCACAGACAGAUUUUCUGGGCUGAAGGGGGGAGGCAGGGGGAGUGAUGUUGAAGUUUACCAACACUAUUGCGUGUGUUUAGUCGCUGAUGUGGGUGGUGGGGAGGAAGCCAGACGCCUGGUUGAAUGGAGUGCAUUGAUAUUAAAUUUGACUCACUUGCAUCUGGCUUUGUUUCUUUUGCCCUGUGAUUCGCCGGAGCCAAGACUCACCAUCUGCAGGGAAUCUUCUAAACCGGUGCCAGUUUACUGAGGAGUCAGUGUUGUCGACAGAAGUCGCUCAGCCUCACCUCAGCAGGAGUACUGUCCUGUGUGGCUCAUGUCCCAGACACUGUGCUAGUUCUAGUUCUAAGUCUUACACAGCUGCCCUUCUCCCUAGUUACACGGCGCCCUCUAGUUGAAUUCUCAGUCCAAAUCAUCACCAAAGACAAGUGAACUAUCCACAAAGAGUCUGGUAGACGUCGGGUGUCAGAAUCAUUUUUUUAUUUGAACUGCACUGAAAUGCUAAAUGUUCACCUGGUACAAGAAACAAAUACAAAUACUCACACUAAAAACAACAAAAAGAAACGAAACGUACUGCUGGCUGCCACUUCUGCUAUCGCCGGGACUCUACGUUUCUGCCAUUGCUCUUCCAGAGAACAGGACCGCCGGACCUUCAGUAGAACAAAGGCGGAGCACGUACUGUAGGACUACCAGGAGGAACAUUAAACUACAAAUCUCUAACAGGACUUUUGAAAACUCUUCAACACCAAAGAAUUGCCUCAUUUAGAAAAUGCCACAAUGGAUGAGAUGAGGGAAAAUAUCGAGACUAACCCGAUGUUUUGCUUUUUCUUUUUUUUUUCCUUUUAAUCCUGGGACGUAACUGAAAGUGUUUUUCCUGAGUUUUUAAGAAAUGUUAGCUCAACUUUUUCCUGUUUGUCAGGAGCACAUGUGCGCUUGUGUCGUGAACAAUCCUCGUCUGUCCACAU